AUGGCACAGGGAAUAGAAGAAUUAAAAAGGACCCUCUGCAUUUCAGGGUUGGAAAAUGUGGCUAAUGAUUCAGAUUUAAGAGGAGCCAUUCUAUCAGACAAGGAGAGAAUAGACAAUCUGGUGAUGAAUUGGGGAUUUGUUGAUUUUCCCCGUAUAUUGAAAUUUCAAAAUAUCCCAAACGAAAAUUGCGAUAGGGAAGUAAUUGAGAAGAUGACACCUCAUGGAAAUCUAAGAAAGCUCAUCAUAAUUCGUUAUGGUGGUAUUCAAUUUCCAUCGUGGGUAGGGGAUCCUUUAUUUAGCAAUUUGGUGAGACUAAAGUUGGAAAAUUGCUUCAAGUGCACAACCUUGCCGCAACUUGGGCUGCUCCCCUCUCUCAAGGAGUUGGUUAUCAAAUGGUUUCCCAAUGUAAAAGUGGUUGAUUGUGAGUUUUAUGGUGAGAGUAUGAGCAAUUCAAAUCCUUUUCGGCUCUUGAGACUCUGCACUUUGAGGGCAUGUAUGGAUGGGAAGAGUGGAAGAUUUGUGGAAGAGAGCAAGUUAGAAAGAUUAACUAUUGGUUCUAAUUUAAUUAUCGGAUAUUCCUCUGAUCUACAUUGGGAGCUUGAUGAGGGCAUCGCUGAAAAUGAAGAGUUGUUGCAAAAGGGCGUCGCUGAUAGUGAAAUAAGAAUUUUAGAAUUUCAUCUUUGUGAAAGGCUUGAGAGGCUACCGCCAUUGCUUCACAGUUUUAAGUCUCUGAGAGAGCUAUCUAUCAAAUGGUGCUUUAGACUUAUUUCUUUGCCAGAUGCAGUGAUUUACAGCAGUUUGUGUCUUGAAGUGUUGACAAUUGGUUAUUGUCAUUCUUUGAUUUCCAUUGGAAGACAUCAGCUGCCUCCAACUCUAAAAAGGCUAAACAUUAGUUGCUGCAAGGAAUUGCGGAGGCUGCUGGAUGUGGGAGAGGCUUGUUCCUCUUCUAGGGUUAUUGAUGAGGAUAGUAUCAGCUGGGACACUAAUUUAUCUAAUCUCCAGAAUUUGGAAAUUAAUCUCUGCGACUCUCUUACACUCUUGGGGGAGUUACCCGCUUCCCUUAAAUAUCUGGAUUUGAAUAAUGCCAAGUUAGAGUCAAUAGCUGAAAGGUUUGACAACAACACAUUUCUUGAAUCUAUUAAAAUCAGAUAUCUUCCUUAUCUUAAAUCCUUACCCGAGAAUCUGCACAUGCUCACCAAUCUCCGCCACAUUCAGAUAAGUCACUGUGAUACGCUCAUAGUCCUUCCGGAUAAUAUGCACAAUCUCACAUCUCUUCAAGAAUUGACUAUAAAAAGUUGUCCAAGUCUUGUUUCUUUCCCUCAAGGAGGCUUGCCCACCACCUAUCUGAAAAAAUUUAUAGUUGAAUUCUGUGAGAAACUCGAUGCCCUUCCUGAUAGCAUGCACAAUCUCACAUCACUUCAAGAAUUGACCAGAAAAGAUUGCCCAGGCAGUGUAUCCUUUCCAGAAGGAGGUUUCCCCACCAACCUGACAUCACUUAUUCUUAAAGUCGAGAUUUGUACCCUUUUUUUUAAGUGGGGUUUGCACAGGCUCAACUCUCUCAAGAAACUCAGCAUUACAGGCAAGUGUCGUGGUGUGUUGUCCUUUCCACAGGAUGAGAUAGAUAUGAAGUUGCCUACCUCUCUUACUAGCCUUAUCAUUGAAGAAUUCCAAGACCUAAAACACCUUUCCAGCAAGGGUUUUCGAAGCCUCACAUCACUUGAAUAUAUGAAGAUCAAGAGAUGCCCUAAGCUUGCCUCCAUUCCAAAGAAUGGUCUGCCUCCCUCUCUUUUGAGUUUGCAUAUCUACGACUGCCCUCUACUUCAACAAAGCUGCCAGAAGGGUAAAGGGAGAGAGUCGCAAGAAUUAGCUCGCAUUCCAUCUGUGGAAAUUAGACGUAAUCAAUUUGAAAGAGCUCAAGCUAUAUUAUCUAUUGUCAUGAUCCAAGAAACCAUGACUGCUGCCAUUGAAACAGCCGCUCUAUCAGCUUUUAUCAAAUCACAUUUCAACAAUAUUGGAAAUAUUGCUUUCUCUAAACUGCCCAAGUUUCAUCGCAAUCAUAAAGUCAUCGCCAAGAUUAACAAGUGGAGGGAAACGUUGACCCACAUCCAUGCUGUGCUUGAAGAUGCAGAGAAGAAGCAGCUCACUAAUGGUUCAGUGAAGAUUUGUCUUGAAGACCACAGAGACUUGACUUAUGAUGUGGAGGACUAUCUUGGACGAGUUUCAAACUGA